UUUUUGAUGCAGUGACCAAACAAAAAAAAAAAAAAAGACAGAGAAAGAACAUCAAUACAACAAAAUCGGUCCUCAACAGUAAUCACUUGGGAUCUUUCAAAACCUAGAAGAAGAGAAACAAAAGAAAAUCAUCUCUUUCUUCUUCCCCUCUAGAGAUAAUCUCUUGAUUUCUUUGUUUGCUUCAUUUGUAGUCGCCUUGUUCGUUCCAACUUCAAUCCGAUUUCAAUUUCUAAAAGGGGCGUAGUUUACAACCAAGUGAUUCUCCUUGUUUGAUCAAUCGGGUUCUUCUUGUACCAAUCGUCUUUUUUUGUUUAGUUUUUAGGUUUUGUUGUAUUUCCAUGGCUGCGGAUCUCGAUGAUUGGUCUGUAUUGGAAGCAGAGAGUUCGUCCUCAUUCUCACCACCGCUUCCGCCGCCUCGGUCUCUGUCCAAUCAACCGGAGUUUUGGAUGAGAGUGGAGGAAGCCACCCGUGAAAUUAUCGAGCAGGUUCAUCCAACACAUGUCGCCGAGGAUCGAAGAAAAAAUGUGAUUACGUUUGUUCAAAAAAUACUCGGACAUAAACUUGGAUGCGAGGUACAUUCUUUUGGAUCAGUCCCAUUGAAAACGUAUCUUCCUGAUGGAGACAUUGAUCUCACAGCUUUUGGUCGAUUUAUACCCGAACCCGAGGAAGAUCUGGCGGCUAAAGUUUUCAAUGUACUUGAGAGGGAAGAACGUAGUGGAUCUGCCGAUUUUGUGGUUAAGGAUGUGCAGUUAAUUCGGGCUGAGGUUAAGCUUGUGAAAUGUUUGGUGCAAAAUAUCGUGGUUGAUAUCUCUUUUAAUCAGAUUGGUGGGAUAUGUACUCUUUGCUUUCUCGAGAAGAUCGAUCGCCUCAUUGGAAAGGACCAUCUUUUCAAGCGAAGUAUCAUACUCAUCAAAGCUUGGUGCUACUAUGAGAGCCGUAUUCUCGGGGCUUUCCAUGGAUUGAUAUCAACAUAUGCUUUGGAGACAUUGGUCUUAUAUAUCUUCCAUCUCUUCCAUUCAUCAUUGAAUGGUCCACUAGCGGUUCUAUACAAAUUUUUGGACUACUUUAGCAAGUUCGACUGGGAUAACUAUUGCAUUAGCCUGAAUGGUCCCGUCUGCCUUUCGUCUCUACCAGAAAUUGUUGUUGAGGCUCCCGAAAAUGGGGGGGAAGAUCUUCUGCUGACCAGUGAAUUCCUUAAGGAAUGUAUGGAGAUGUACUCUGUACCUUCACGAGGAUUUGAGACAAACCCUCGUGUGUUUCCAUCAAAGCAUCUUAAUAUAGUUGAUCCGCUUAAAGAAAAUAAUAAUCUUGGACGCAGCGUAAGCAAAGGUAACUUUUAUCGAAUACGAAGUGCAUUCACAUAUGGUGCCCGGAAGCUUGGACAGAUCAUUUCGCAGUCAGAAGAAAACAUAAGUUCUGAGCUUCGUAAGUUCUUCUCUAACAUGCUACACAGGCAUGGGAGUGGCCAGAGGCCCGAUGUCCUUGAUGCUGUUCCAUUUGUAAGGCACAACAGGUAUAGUGCUAUAUCGCCAGCUUCAACUGUCAACCAUUUCCAAGAAGGCCAAGUGGUUUAUGAAUCAGAAACCUCCAGUUCAUCUGGUGCUGCUGGAAAUGGUAGACAUGACCAAGAAGACUCGUUGUGUACAGGAGUAAGUACAACUGGGCAUGAGUUAAGCAGAUCACCUCGUGAAACAGCCCCAUUAGUUUCAGAGGAACGAUUUUCAGGAGAUGCAAAAGACUUGGCUACUUUGAGGAUCCAAAAGCUUGAGAUUUCUGAUGAUGCAGUUAAAUCUCCGUGCCUUAGUGAUAAGGAAAGUGUCUUUCCUUUAAAUGGUAAGCAACAUUCUCUUCAUCAGAUGAGAAAUGGAGAACUUUUAAAUGGUAACGGGGUGGGUAAACAGCAAGAGAGUCUUGCUGUUUCUAGAAGAGUUAAAGAUAUACAUAAGAAUGAGAAUGAGAACGAGCAUGUUGGUCAUGAAGACCUGCCGUUUAUUGGUUCAGUACCUUUGCCACAGGAAGACAUGCAUCUCCAAUACUUGGGUCAUUGUGUUUCUGGAACUCCAAAUAGGCUGUCUGACCUCUCAGGCGAUUAUGAUAGUCAGAUUACUAGUUUGCGAUUUGGGCGUUGGUGGUUUGACUGUGUCCAAAAUGCUAUUUUCGUUCCACUAUCACCUGGGCUGUCUCAGGCGCCGAACAACAAUUCAUGGGAAGUAAUUCGGCAUGCUCUGCCAUACAUGCAGAAUGCACCUGCUCCUACAAACACCAAUGGAAUUGCUCCGAGACAUGUUUUCUUUCAUGUGAACCCCCAGAUGAUUCCAGCUACUGGUUUUGGUAUGGAGGAAUUACCUAAGCAAAGAGGAACUGGAACAUACUUCCCCAAUGCGAACCAUUACAGGGAUAGACCGUUCUCCCCAAGAGGAAGACACUCACACCAAGCUAGGUCGCCUCGUAACAAUAGCCGAGGCAUGAUACACGCACACUCAGAAAUGAAUUUUCCUGACAGAAACUCCCGUGAGAGACAGCUUCAUUAUCCCAACCACACAAAUGGUUCAUGUGAUAUGAGUCAAACUGAUUCAAUUGAAACCAUUCCUGAUACCAAUGGUUCUACAGAUCAUCCAUAUGAAAAGGCUCCGGAUUUUAGGCCUAUGGAGCCUCUACCAGUGGAAGUAGUCUGCCCUCCUGAGGGCAGCAAGCAAAAAGAUAGUAGUGGAGGUCAUCAUAAUCGGCGUCCAAAAUCUAUACCCUCCUCUCCACAGGAAGAUCGUAAUGUACAUGUAGGGUAACGCCUACACAGUCAUACCAUUUGACGGAUGAUCAUGAGUUCCCUCCUUUGUAGCCCUGGUGUCUGAUUACAGACACAUGCUCUCUAGACCGUUAUAGGAACAGGUAUAGCUUUCUGACUUGGUUUGUGUCCUAAGUUAUUUGUUUUUUUCCUCCCGCAAGAAAGAAAAGACGAACGGAGCUGAUAUGUUUUGGGCUGUGGUUUUUUCUUGUAUGUUAUCUCUGGUGCUAUAGAAUUAUUUAUAUGUAUCUUUAUCAAAAUCUCAAACUCGCUGUGGACAAAACCUUUGCAGAGCUUUGUAUUUUCAACUUAGACAGGUUUGCUGAGUGUAAUAUAUAGGAUGUUUUUCUUUUCAAA